UCCCAGGCUACCGUGGCUCGUGAGGAUCAGACCGCCUCCUCAGCGAGUCGCGAGCUUCCGCGUCGCUCCCGUCUGCCGCUGCUUGACACUACACAGAAACACUAGCUAUGUUAUCGCGUUCCCGAUGUCUAUACCGGACGCUUGGUCGCUCUCUGUCAGUGCUAAGCCAGGUUAAUAAUGUACUGGUUCAACAAAGUGCAUCUGGCCUCUUUGUCUGCAACCGGGUUGUUUACAGGAACACGCAGCCAUGUGAAUCUCUGUCAUCAGCUGGUGUCUUCUACAUCAGACACUUCAAGACAUCGGCUGCUCACAGGGAUGAAGUAGUCACUGUCAAAACCCCUGCAUUUGCAGAAUCUGUUACAGAGGGGGAUGUCAGGUGGGAAAAAGCCGUGGGCGACUCUGUGACAGAAGAUGAAGUAGUGUGUGAAAUUGAAACUGACAAGACCUCAGUGCAAGUACCUGCUCCAGCAGCUGGUAUAAUUGAGGAACUGCUGGUGCCUGAUGGUGGGAGGGUAGAGGGAGGAACACCGCUCUUCAAACUCCGGAAAGGAGCUGCCACUGCCAAAGCUGUCCCAUCCCCAGCUGCAGAAGCCCCUGCUGCUGCAGCACCUCCUCCACCGCCGCCUCCCUCUCCUCCACCUUCAAUCCCCACCACCAUGCCUCCAGUGCCCCCAGUGCCAACACAAGCUGCUCAAGCCAAACCUGUUUCUGCAAUUAAGCCAACAGCUGCAGCUCCAGCACCAGCUCCUUCAACAGUAGGAGCCAGAGCAGAGAACAGGGUGAAGAUGAACCGGAUGAGGUUGAGGAUUGCCCAAAGGCUGAAGGAGGCUCAGAACACCUGCGCCAUGCUGACUACCUUCAACGAAGUUGACAUGAGCAACAUUCAGGAGAUGAGGAAAAACCACAGAGAUGCUUUUCUUAAGAGGCACAACAUCAAGCUUGGUUUUAUGUCAGCGUUUGUGAAGGCUGCAGCACACGCUCUGACUGACCAGCCUGUUGUAAAUGCCGUUAUUGAUGAUACAACCAAAGAGAUUGUCUACAGGGAUUACGUAGACAUUAGUGUGGCUGUGGCAACUCCAAAGGGACUUGUUGUACCAGUGAUCCGCAGUGUUGAGACAAUGAACUUCGCUGACAUUGAGAAAGCUAUAAACGCACUGGGAGAAAAGGCUCGUAAAAAUGAGCUGGCUGUUGAGGAUAUGGAUGGCGGUACUUUCACUAUCAGCAAUGGUGGAGUGUUUGGCUCCAUGUUUGGAACGCCCAUCAUCAACCCCCCACAGUCUGCCAUUCUUGGCAUGCACGGCAUCUUCGACCGACCUGUGGCCAUCAAUGGCAAGGUUGAGAUCAGGCCCAUGAUGUACGUAGCGCUGACGUACGACCACCGACUCAUCGACGGCAGAGAGGCAGUCACCUUCCUGCGCAAGAUCAAAGCAGUGGUAGAAGAUCCACGAGUGCUGCUUCUGGACAUGUGAUUUCCCUCUCACCAGUAUGCUCAUAUAAAGAUAGGUCACCUACAUAGAAUGUCAAAACCAUCCAUUUUUAUUAGCCAGCCACGUAAAGGGUGUCUGAAUGGACUGAAACAAGGAAAAAUUAUCCCAGGAAUAGGCUUAAUAUAGGCUUUGGCCAAAUAAACAAAGUACAGUUUUCUUACAUGCCAAUUUCUGUGCUGUGUUCAAAUUUCAAUAUUGGAUUGAACAGUUUACACAAACAUUUUUUAAUCCUGUGGUCUCAAUUUCAGUUAUUGUCUUGUAAUAGCUGACAUGCACAAAAAAGCCAUAAAAGCAAGCAACAUUUAAAACCCUCAGUCUACAUUGCAUGUCUUAGAACAAGUGAUAGAAACACUCAUACACAGGCUGAACAUGCUGAAGCUUAGUCUUAUCAGUUGAUGCUGUUCAGGUGAACAUGAUGCAUCAGACUGACACCUCACUAUACUCUUGUGUAUUCACACAACAAAAUAGCUUUUCCAUGCAAUAGAGUUGGCUGUCUAAUUCUGUUCCCUGUUCAUCUUUUAGUAUUUGUGAGACACUUUUUCCACAGCAGGGCCAAGUGGAACUUGCUCAAACUAGUUCAAGAUGUUUUGAUGUUACCAUAGUAUUGGAGGAGUUUCCUAAGUUAAUCUGAAACGAUUGCUAGUCAUUGUUGCUGGCAGAAAGUUGUAAAAAGAAAAAAGAAAAGAAACGCAGCCAUAUUGUUUGGGGUAAUUUGAGCACCACUGGACCCUGGUUGAACUUAGUGGAAACCAGACUUUUGUGUGGAACAUCCGGACAGCAGCCCCAUGCCUUUAAAUCCAUGUCAGCUGUUUGAUGAGUAUGUGUUGGUGUCGGCACAGCUAUAUUCCUGCUUUGUACAGUUAGCCCUGUCUUGUCUGUUUUUCUUUCUUGUCAUCUGUUUUUUAGGCGUUAAACGAAGGUCAAAUCUCAGAAUGUUGAUCAAAAUAUUGUAUGAGCUUUUAGUAGAACAGAUCACACUUCCUACAUGAUUUCACUGUUCAUUGUUCAAAACCAGUCACUAUUCCUUUCAGGAUUUUU